UUAUGAGUAAAUCCAAUGGCAUGAUUAAAGCAAAGUUCAAAUGUGUUAUAGUGAAUCAAACCCGUCGUUCAUUAGGAGCAAUAUACACCUUUUAGCAACGGGAGAUCAAGUUUUAGAACAGAAGAUUAAGUGGGUGUCGGUGGGAGGCACAAAUUUGGAUGAGAAAGGAUGGUAACUUCAUGGUGUUGGGGGCAAUGUAAUCAUGGGUUGAAGAGGUUUGAGAGUGAUGAGAUGCAUUGGUCAAAAGUAAAUGGUGUUUGACUUGAAAUUGGAGGGGAUGGGAAGAAAUACUUGAUAAUUUAUUUAUUUAUUUUUAAGAUGACAACAAAGUCUUUGAAAAAUAAUUUUGUUUCAGAGUACACGGCAUAUUCAUGUGGAUUGCGUGCUCCGGAAUUGUAUGUGGUAACAUACAUUUUUCUAACUUUUUGUGAUGAGUCCGUUUGUUGACACCAAACAGACCUGGUAUAAAAGUGUUCGAAUGCUCUUUUUGGGCAGAGCGAAAUUGGCGUGGGAAUAUUCGAACAAGCAAGUCCAAGGCUGAGGAGUGGGUCAUCAUUACAAGAAUCGAUCAAAUCUUGGUUCGGGGCAAUACCCUUGGGAGUUGAAUUGUAUGAUAUCGAGUUCGAUGCACCAAAGAAAGCCAUAUUGAAGGAUUGAUUUGGGAGGAAAUGGCUAAACUUUUGGAGAAUGAUGUAAAGAAGAAAAACUGGAUGGAGAAAAUUACUUAAUUUCGUAGUGCUUUAUAUAGGAAAAUCAACAAACAUUUUUAAGGUAACAAAGCAAUUACUUAUUUCAUGAGUUGUAUGAGAAAAUUGUACGGAGAGAAUCUAGUCAUAAUUAUUUCUUACAAAUGGCAGUAUAAUUCCAUGCAAAAAAGUUAUGGCGUCAAACUGAACAAGAAAAUACAUUCAAAUGUCAUAUAUGCCAUGAAAUUUGGAAGCUGAAACCAUAUCUAUCCACUAUGAAAUGUCAACUUCAAAUUUGAUACCAUAGUGAAUGUGUCGAUCAUUGAAUAGUUAUUAUUUGUGUCGAUUGCAAGGUAGAUCAUGAUCUCGCAUUUGUAUCGUUUUAUCAUCAAACGUGAAAAACGAACGAUGAAAAUAAAAAUGAGCAUGAAAUUAUAGCACCUCAUACAAGCAACCGUAAUAGGGCUAAUGUGGUAUGCACAUAUUCAAUCUUUCUAAGUUUCUAUAAUUAUUAUUCUUGUACAAAAUACUAAUGUGUUACAAAAUAAUAAUAAAAAAGAAUACUAAUGUGCUGAAAAUUUACGCGGUAGAAAAACAAAUAAGGGUGCCACGUGUUCUUGUUGACGCAACUGGGCCACAUGCCCACAACACGUCGUUUCGAGGGGGUAAAAGGCGAUUUACAAGAAUCUCUCCACGUGUACGUCCGUAAUCGCACCACUGGCUUGCUUUUCCAUGGGGUGAAUCGCACCAGAUCCUGGUCCCUCCACCAAAGAAGAGUUGUUCUUCCUCACUAGGGUUUUUGGAUUCCGAUUACAGAACGAGAAACGGAAAAACCAUUCGAUUCCCUAUCUCAGCUUCUCCCAUCUUUUUUUAUUUCUUUCUUUUUCUCUAUAAAUAAAAACGAAUAGAAUCUGUGGAGACGAGCGCGGGCUUCUUCUUCUUCUUCUUCUUCGAGGGACUCAAUCAGAUCGGCUUUUACUCUCGUCGGAAUUGAGCUCCGUCUGAUUGGAAUCGCCGCUCUUAGUACUCAUUAACACCUAUCUGUUGUUUUUUUCGGCGGUCGGAGCACCAUGGGACGAGGAAAGUUCAAGGGGAAGCCCACCGGGAAACGCCAGUUCUCGACUCCCGAAGAGAUGCUUUCUGGGAGCUCUUCACGCCCGAGAACAUUCAAACGGGAGGAAGCUGCAUAUGAGGAGGAGAAAGCUGAAGAAGAAUCAGGCGAGGAGUCUGGAGAGGAAUCUGGAGAUGAAGAGUCUGAUCAAAGGAGAAAAGGAACUGAAGGUCUCAUCUCAAUUGAGAACCCAAAUCUGGUGAAGCCAAAGAAUUUGAAGGCUAAAGAUCUUGAUAUGGGGAAAACAACUGAGCUUUCUAGGCGUGAAAGGGAGGAGUUGGAGAAGCAGAGGGCACAUGAGCGAUACAUGAGGCUCCAAGAGCAAGGGAAAACUGAACAAGCUAGGAAGGACUUGGAGCGUUUAACUCUCAUUCGCCAGCAGAGGGCCGAAGCUGCCAAGAAACGAGAAGAGGAGAAGGCUGCUAAAGAGCAGAAGAAGGCAGAAGCUAAGAAGUGAUUCUCCCCCAUGAUGGAGAAGGGUAGGCAGCCGUAGUAGUACUGAAGAAGAAAGAGUUGCCCUGCUUAGUUUAUAAUUGUUAUUUCGUUCUGACGCUUAUUGUACCAGCAUCAAAGCGGUAUUUUGGUAUGCAGCACAGCUAAUACACAACAUGGUGUUGAUUUGUUUCGCUUUUUAGUCAGAGGCUCUGGCUUGUGGAUUUUCUAUACUUCAUUUUCUCCUUUCCUUCGACGUUUUUGGUUUUGCACAGUAUUGUUAUUUCAGUUGUCAGGAUUUGAUUUAGUCCCAUAGAUUGUUGUUGUGGCCAAUUUCGCACUAGUUGUCAAAUGGAUUUUUCUUGGAGUCAUCACCAUAGUCUAUAAAAAAAAAAAUUCAUAUUGUUUGAUCUCUGAACCCCGGGCAAAAUGGUCGACCGGCUGUAGUUUUUAUUGUUAAUGACUAUGGUUGUGAAUUGAAUUUGUGAAUUUCUAUUGUAGUUUGUUGUUGUAUGAUAUUCGUGAUUUGAUGUGGUUCAGAAUUGUAUAGAGGUCGAUUGGAAUAGACAGCAACUCAAACAGUUGUAUUAUUUUUUUAGUAAGAGGUCGACUGUCGACAUGUUCUAGACUUGUAGUAUGAUGCUGGCAGUUACAUCAUAACUGUAUAUAUAAUGGUAGUGUUUUCGGUGCACUUACUUUUUUGGUUGCGUUCAGUGCACUCAUUUCAUAACUGUCAUUUUGAAUAUGCUGUUUACGUCAAAAUGAUGUCAAUCAUUACUUAUGAUGUGAUGAACAAUAAUGCAUAUGAAUUUGCACAAAAACCAUUAAAAUUUUACUUUAAUUUGAAUAAUUUAGAGUUUAGAGAUUUAGGGUUACGGUUAGAGUUUACAAUUUGAGGUUUAGGGAUAGAACUCAAAAAUUGGAGGUCUAGAGUUUAGGGUAAUCCGCUAAUUAGUUGUUAUCAUAUGUUAUAUCAUCAUCAUCAUAUUACAUUAAUUCUACAAAUUAAAAUUCAAAAUAUGAC